AUGUGCCUCUCCUUCUUAAGACCUCUGCUUUCUCUAGGUGACGGGAGCGCCAUUGCCAAGAUCGGCCCUUGGGGUAAAAUAAGUGCGGACUUACUCGACAUCCCCACGACACCGCAGCGUCUAGAGCGCAUCACCAUCCGCCACGGUGUUGUCAUUGAUUCACUUGCAUUUUCCUUCAUUGACAAAGCUGGUGAACCAUAUAACGUUGGCCCGUGGGGUGGCCCACGUGGGGAUAACAAAGACACGAUCGAGCUUGCCGCUUCAGAGAUCGUUAAGGAAGUCUCUGGGACAGUUGGUGUCUUCGCAGAAGAUAAUGUCGAAUAUAAUGCUAUAGCAUCCCUCACCAUUACCACAAAUGUCCGCACGUACGGUCCCUUCGGAGAAACACAGAGCACCACUUUCAGUGUUCCUGUGCAGGACAAUAAGAACAUCGUGGGUUUCUUUGUGUGCGCUGGUAAAUACGUGGAGGCGCUCGGGGUUUACGUGCGUUCACCCGUUUCAACCUAG